AUGUUUGCAGAUUUAGUGAAACACAUUGCAGGUAUUUUAGGUGUGUUAAGAACUAAUUACAGCGAUAAAUCAGUUAGGGAAGGGAUAAGAGAGUGUGAUAAAGCGACACGUAGGAUUCGGAAUUCUUUGCGUGGAGCUUUACCUAUAGGUGAAAAACAACAUCAUGAGGCUUGUUUACGUAAUAUUAAAUCGAUGCGUAAGCAUUUUAAAUUAGAACAAAAGAGGGGCCAGGGUAUAGCAUUGAACAAAGAAACCGCAAAGCAUCGCGUUCAUUGGGAUGACUCCAUUUCAGCUUUUAGUAAUAGAAUACGGACUGGUGUUAUUACUAAUCUCAAACAUAAAGACCCCAGCCGCUUCUUAGUGGACUGUAAGGUAAUCUUCAAACGACAGGUUUUCAACGCCUUGAAAAAAGACGAGGCUGUGAAAGUAAAUGCGAUUUUUUGCGGGGAAUUUGUGAUUACUCAAGGGGAAAAAACUCUCAACGAAUAUAAGUACUUCACAACAUCAAAUGCGGCAAUAUAUAGAGGUACUGACAUAGAAGAGUGGUUUGAGGAAAAGGUUAGUAAACCCCUAAUGAAGAAGUUAUCGGAGUUUCAGGAAUGUAACAGCGGUUGGGCACUUCGAGCCGUCGUUAAUUUAGGGGUUAAUUUUAACAAAUUUACACCUCAACUUGGGUCUUCAUAUGUUGAGUUACCUCCGCAAAUUCAAACAAAAAAGGCCUGUGUUAACGUCAAGAACGAGGAUCAUGCGUGCUUUGCGUGGGCGGUGGUUUCAGCAUUAUAUCCUGCUGAUAAACAUCCUCAAAGAAUAUCUAAAUACCCUCACUACUCGUCUGUGCUUAAGCUAAAAGGGAUCCAGUUUCCGAUGACCAUGAGACAAAUUUCGAAUUUUGAAAAACAGAACAAUAUCUCCAUUAAUGUGUACAUUUUGAAGAAAGAGAAAAAGGAUCAGUUUAGUACCCUGCCUACAUACCUAACUAAGGAAAAGAUGGAUAAACAUGUGAACCUGCUUUUAGUGCAAGACUGCUAUGAACAACCCACUAAAUUCCAUUAUGUUUGGAUCAAAAAUCUUUCACGGCUAGUAUCUAAAAAGUUAGGCAAAAGGAAUGGACAAAAAUAUGUUUGUGAUAGAUGUUUACACUAUUUUCAUUCUGAAGACAAAUUAAUUAAGCAUACUGGAGAUUGUAUGCAGAAGAAUGAUACCGCAAUCAAGAUGCCUACGGAAGAAAAAAAGACGUUGAAGUUUAAAAAUUUUAAAAAUAAAAUAAAAGCCCCCUUCGUAGUAUAUGCAGAUCUCGAGAGUGUCCUGAAACCUAGCGCGAAAAAGACCGCAUACCAGCAACAUAUUCCGGCAGCUGUGGGAUACUACUUCAAGUGCUCAUAUGACGAAUCUCUUUCAUUCUACAAUAGUUACCGUGGUGAAGAUUGUAUGCGGUGGUUUGCUGACGAGAUGAAUCAACUCGCGGAAGAUGUCUCUACUGUGUUUCUUUGCCCCUAUAAGAUGCAAAUGACUCCACAACAAGAAAUCGAAUUCCAAACAGCAACUCACUGCCACAUUUGCGAACAGCCAUUUACAGCAGGGCAGAAGAAGGUUCGAGAUCACAAUCACCUCAUUCCAGAGAACAACUUCCGCGGAGCUGCAUGUGAAAUUUGUAACGUCAACUAUCAGGACACUCAUACAAUUCCGGUAGUAUUCCACAACUUGAGUGGAUAUGACGCUCACUUUCUUAUAACGGAUAUUGCCACUAGAAUGGGUGGUAAAAUCGACUUGCUUCCUAUAACCAAAGAAAAAUAUAUCUCUUUUACCAAACAUAUCAACGAGUCACGCAUCAACUUUAGAUUUAUAGAUAGCUUCCGGUUUAUGGCAUCAUCCUUAGAUAAAUUAUCAUCAGCUCUAACAGAAUUUCCCAAUCUCAAGUCACAAUUCUUUGCUCUACCUGAAGAUCAAUUUAAUCUUUUAACUAAAAAGGGUAUUAUGCCGUAUGAUUAUUUAGACUCAUUUACCCGUUUCGAUGAGCCUUGCCUCCCUCCUCAAGAUGCGUUUUACAAUAAAUUGGAAGAUAAGCCUUGUCCCCGUAGGAUGUAUCGUAGAGCUCAAGAGGUGUGGAGCAAAUUUAACUGCAACAAUUUAGGUCAAUACGUUGAGUUAUAUAUGAAGACCGAUAUUCUCCUCCUUGCGGAUGUAUUUGAACUAUUUAGAUCAAGCUGUAUUAGUACUUAUGAUUUAGAUCCAGCCCACUACUUUACACUGCCAGGCUUUACUUGGGAUGCCAUGUUGAAACACACGCGGCAAGAGUUGGAACUCCUUACCGACCAAGAUAUGUUUCUUUUUAUUGAGCGAGGUAUUCGAGGAGGUUUGAGUCAAGUCUGCUCUAAGAGAAGAGUCCACGCAAAUAAUAAAUACAUGCCCAAGUAUGAUUCAGCGAAACCUGAUGUAUAUUUGAUGUACAAUGAUAUUAAUAACCAAUAUGGAUGGAGUAUGAGUCAAUAUCUUCCUUAUGGGGGGUUUCAAUGGGUAGAUGCCAACAUCGAUGUUACUAUGAUCCCGGAUGAUGCAAAUGAAGGCUACAUUCUAGAAGUUGAUUUGGAGUAUCCAAAGCAGUUGCAUGACUUACAUCAAGAUUUACCAUUCUGUGCAUUACAUAUCAACCCGAAAACCAUGAAACCACCAUCUAGAGCUAAAGAAACUUCAAAACUCAUGGCAACCCUAAAUCAUAAAGAAAAAUACGUCAUCCACUAUCGCGCCUUGAAACAAGCAUUAGCUCACGGCUUAGUUCUCACUAAAGUACAUAGAGUACUAAAAUUUAAACAGUCCCCUUGGCUAAAGUCCUACAUUGACUUGAAUACGAACCUAAGAAGAAAUGCCAAGAAUGAAUUUGAGAAGAACUUGUUUAAGUUGAUGAACAACGCAGUCUUUGGGAAGACCAUGGAAAAUGUUAGAAAACGACUUGACGUUAAAUUAUUAUCCAAAUGGGAGGGUCGUUAUGGUGCAGAAUCAUAUAUCUCAAAACCAGAAUUUAAAUCUUGCGUUAUAUUUAAUGAGAACUUGGUGGCGGUAGAAAUGAAUAAGCUUGAAGUAUAUUUAAAUAAACCUAUAUACGUAGGUCAAGCCAUUCUUGAUUUAGCUAAGACGACCAUAUACAGCUUUCACUACGACUACAUGAUGGAUAGAUUUGGAGGUAACUGUACUGCCGUUUAUACUGAUACCGAUAGUUUAAUUUAUGAAAUUCGAGAGCAAGACCCGUAUAUGGUUAUUAAAAGCGAUUGUUUUAAAUAUUACGAUACCAGCGAUUUUAACCCUAACAACCCAUAUGACAUACCUCUUGUAAAUAAGAAAGUCUUGGGUAUGAUGAAGGAUGAAAAUAAUGGGAAAGUAAUGACUGAUUAUGUAGGAUUGCGAUCUAAACUGUACACGACCAAAGUAUUAACCACCAAGGAUGAUUUAAUAAAAUUGCGUCAGAAAUUAGAAGCGGAAGAGUAUGAGGAGGAUGAAAUUGCUACGAUUAUUAAAAAUUAUGGUUUGAUAAAAAAGGCAAAGGGAGUAAAGAAAAGUGUAGUCGAGACUAAAAUUUCUUUUGAUGAUUAUGUGGAAUGUCUGGAGACAUUUAAGCGCAAAACAGCAUCUCAAAAUUUGAUUCGGACAGAUAAACAUCAAGUGUAUUCUAUAACACAGUCGAAAAUUGCUCUAAGUCCCGAAGACGAUAAGAGGUAUCUAAUUCCCGGCUCAUUUAACACUCUUCCGUGGGGCCAUUAUGCUAUUGAUAAACCUCAAGAUGUUGCCGAUAACCCGAUGGAUGUUGAUUAA